AAAAUUCCCAACCUUUCAACAACAAAAAAAAAAAAAUCCCAAUCAAGAGAAAACAAAAGAAAAGAGGCAACUGAGGAAAAAUAUCUAAUUCAGUUCUCCAAAAACAACUGAAAUGGCGCUUCUCUUUUCUGCGACAGGUUUCGUCCAUGGUACCAAAAUCAACCACCACGCAUUGUCACUCCCUAACUCUUUCUUCCUCCUCGGCUUCUCACUCUCCUCUCGCAACCUUUCUCACACGAACCGCUUAUUCUUCUCUCCGGUUCAUUUUCACCGUCGUCUAUCUCUGUCGUUUUCUCACGGGGCUGCGAAACCCGGCCAACCUCCUCCUUCUCCCCCUGAAUCCGACCCGACUCCUGGGCCGCCCCGGAUAAAGGGUCUUGCAGCAUCUUUCUCUAAAUUUCAAGAUAGAAUGCAGAUUUUUUUUGCUGUCCUCUUCUGGAUGUCUUUAUUCUUCUGGACUUGCGCGUGGGAUGAAAGGAAUAGACCAAACAAGGGCUCUCGAUUUAGAAGAUGACCCAGUAAGCAUAUACAGUAUUUGUAUAUAGUUGGUAGGAUUAAAUGGAUAGUGUUAGCAUACACAAUAAGAGGGAAGCAUUAUUAGUGCGGUAAGUAUAUGCUUGCCUACGAAAAAAAAAGGUUUAAUUGCUUCUUAAAGACCAGGGAUGAGAAUGAAUGGAAUGUGGAUCAAUGUUUCAGUUACUGUUUCAUGGGGUUUUUCUGAGCAAUCCUUGGAUUAUAGGUUUCUACAUCUAUUUGAGGACCAGUAUAUAGUGUAAUAUUACUACAUUUACUUGAAAGUAUGUUAUUAUUUUACUUAUGAAUAAUUGUCAAAGAUUUAGUUUUUUUAAUUAAAGUUUAUUGUAUACACCGGUUUAAUAUCGAUAUGUUACUUAUGAAACAUUCAAGUCUGCUGAUGUUGCACAUGGAGUAAAUAGUAAUGAUGAAUAAAAUAUUUAAGCAUGUUUCUUGAA